CAGGAUGGGCUUCGUAGCUGUGGACUACUGGAUGCUAUCCAGAGCCAUCCAGGCGUAUUCAGAACAGUAUUUACAAAGAUCAACGAAAAGCUUACAGCUGAGAGUAUUGAACAGCAGUUUACAGAACAAAGGUCUGAGCGAGGGAGCGACAAAUACGAAAUCGAAAAUGAAGCUAUCUCUUGGAUGCUAAGAGAAGGGCCGCAGGGGAUCCGGAGCUGGACACAGAAUAGGGACCAAUCCAGGAUGGGGCACCAACCAGUCACAGGACACACUUACCAUUCACUCACACCUAGAGGUAAUUUGGUAGUUUGAGUUAUUCUCAGCAUGUUUUUGGACUGGGGAGGGAAUCCCCACAAUGACAUGGCGAGAACAUUCAAACUCCACACAUGGAACCCUGGCAGAAACUCAAACCCAAAUCCCAGAGGUGUGAGGCGACAGCGCUAACCACUGCAUCACCGUGCCACCCGCCUCUGGGAACAUACUGCGGUUAAUUGGAGUUAACAAGUUGACCAUGAGUGUGAAUGGUGCACACAGUCAGGCAUGUAAGUAGGCAGGCAUGUAAGUAGGCAGGCAUGUAAGUAAGUAGGCAGGCAGACAGGCACGCGCGAGUGAACACAGACAGGCAAGUAUGCACACAUGCAUAAAGGCAGUCCUCCAAACAGUCAAGCACACACGCACACAGGCAGGCACACACACACAUAGGCACGCACGCAGACACACACAGACAUAGGCAGGCACAGACACAGGUAGGCUCACAGGCACUCAGAGGCACCCAUGCAUGCAAGGCCACACAGAGACACAGGUGCAUGCAAGCACACAGGAAUGCACGGACACAGGCACGCAAGCACAGGCAUGCACAGAGGCAUGCACACACACAGACAUACACACACAGGCAGGCACAAAAGGGACACAGGCACAAAGGCACGCACGCUCACAGGCAGGCACGCACACGGACACACGCAGGCACACACAGGCGCGCAGACAGGUAGGCACUCACACAGGCAUGCACACACCCACACAAGCAGGCAUGCACGCACACAGGCAGACACGCACACAGGCGCGCAGACAGGUGGGUACUUAGACAGGCAUGCACACAUGCAGGCACGCAUGAACGCACAAAACUCCUCGUCCUUAACUCAGGACUUCCAAACAUAAGCAAAACACAGUUACAAUAUUAGUUGUUAUUAUUAGCAUUAGUAAGAUUCCCCUUACAUUGCAUAAUAGGUAAGAAAUAAAUGGAUGUAGAGAAGAAAAAUGUUUACAAUUCAAAGUAUAUUAGAGAUGCUGUAAGUAUGUAUGUGAAGGGUUCAAUGGGGCUAAUCCCACAAUGAUUAAAAACAAUUUGACAAAUUCAAAUAAGAGGCUGAGAAGGAUGUUCAGCUUCAGCCACCGGCUCUCGUUUUUGACAGUGGGGUGUAAUUUUGCCGGUUCUUUCCUUUCUUCUGUUUCCCAUACGUUGUUUGCAGAGGCCCCUUCACCACAUCGCCAUGUGAUGUGGACACCUUCACACUGCCUGCCUCUAGAUCAUUUAUGUUGAGGUGUUCCACUUUAGUUUCAGCAAUGUGCAAUUUAACAUCAUUCAGCUGGAAUUCAUCAUCUACAACUUCUAAUAAUAAUAAUAAUAAUAAUCAAUACUUUAUUAAUCCCUGUGGGGAUAUUGCUUUUUUGUGUCUCCCUCAACAUGCCCUUUGUGGAGUAAGUUGUCUGUGAAGGGCAGCUACCUGUUGGGGCACCUAGGGAGCUGGGGGGAAUUAAGGGCCUUGCUCGAGGACCCGCAGACGUGCUGAGGCUGGGUUUGAACCGGUGACCUUCCGAUUACAGGCACAAGGACUUGGUCUAUGUAUUGACCCCUGCCCCCCAACUGUGUAUGAGUAGCAUUUAUGCUGAUUCUUGAAUGUGAGCUAGUACAUAAACCAGCUAGUACCCACCCUUGCAAAAAUACUCUAGUGUUCCGUCAUACACAUUCUUUUAUUUUCUUGCAUUGUCCGUUUUUGUUCAUAGUCUGUAAUUUUCCGAAUAACGGCAAUUUCAGAUAACUACUGGAACUGUGAAUUCUGGAGGGGAGAAUAUAUUCAUGCAAGUUCCAUUACAUGCUAUAGAUAUAUUGAUCUGAUACCUUUCCUUAUCAGACUGUACCACUGUUAAAAACCACAGAUAUUUUAUUCUGAUUGUAUGCAUUUCCUUAUUAGGGCACAUUAGUUAGUUCUUUUAAAAAAUCAGUUUAUUCUGACAUCGUAAAUUUCCUGAUCAGAGUUUACCCUCUUUAAAAUGACGGGGUUACACUUGUGCCAUUUAAUUUCCGUAAUCUGUGGCAGUCAGUGACAAUGACUUAUUUACUACCAAACAGCACUGAGAUUGAGUAGAGUGAGGGGCUUAGGGCGUAUUACGGAAGAAUAAAAGCUGAGUCCUGUAUCCAGGCGAGAUGCGUAGCUGACAGGCUGAUGAACGUUUCAAACUCUUACCUCCACCGUACUGACAGGAACGGCGAGCUGCUGUGGCGUCAUGGCAUCAAACUUCUGUUUCUCCAGGCAAGAAAACAACCAAGACCAGCCUUAAUAAUCUAAACACUUUGAAGACUGAUAUAAAUGGUAAAUAUGAGGCGUGAAUACCAUCCAACACUACCAGUUACUCAGUGAAUACUCAGUCAUGCAGAAAUAUAAUCUAAAGUUAUAAUUAUGGGGACAUGUGGCCAUCCACUGCAGGUGACAAUGUCCUAAACUCUUUCAUACUUAAAGAACGCUUACAGUUAUUACUUUGUAAGGAUGCAUAGAACUCCAGUUCAGUAUAUUUAUGGAAUAUAUACAGCAGCAACUACUUUAUGGUCAUUUAUUAAGUAACAGACUUAUUUUCUACCUGCGGGAUCAUAUAAUUAUGCUGAAAUAAAAAUGUAACUUACAGCGUAAAAACAUGGAAUCCAGUCCAAAGUUUAUUUAGUUUGACAUGUGAUCAAAAUUCAGAGUAAACUAAUACAUGAUAGCAUGCAUGCAAAAGAUCAAGGGCAGAACAGGGGCUGUGAACCCAGUCUGCAUUAAAAUGGAAUUAACCAUCUCUCUCAAUAUAAAAUUGGGAUAAUUAUUCUCUUCAGAGGCAUCCAUAGAAUAGUGUAUCCAUCCCCUCACUCCUGUGUAUAGAGGCAUAUCCUAAGGCUCCGGCAACAAAUUUCAGCUCAACAACAGCAUCAAUAAUUUUACAGCUAGUUUUAAAACUUGCUUUAACAUACAGUGAUUGCAGAAAAUGAUAAACAAAUUAGGUAAUAUUAAUUAAAUCAUAGGGGCGGCAUGGUGGCGCAGUGGUUAGCACUGUUGCCUCACACCUCUGGUACCUGGGUUCGAAUCUCCGCCUGGGUCACAUGUGUGUGGAGUUUGCAUGUUCUCCCCAUGUCGUCGUGGGGUUUCCUCCGGGUACUCCGGUUUCCCCCCACAGUCCAAAAACAUGCUGAGGCUAAUUGGAGUUGCAAAAUUGCCCAUAGGUGUGUAUGUGUGAGUGAAUGGUGUGUGAGUGUGCCCUGCGAUGGGCUGGCCCCCCAUCCUGGGUUGUUCCCAGCCUCGUGCCCAUUGCUUCCGGGAUAGGCUCCGGACCCCCCGCGACCCAAUAGGAUAAGCGGUUUGGAACAUGGAUGGAUGGAUAAUUAAAUCAUUAAAAUGUGCAGAAAAGGUUUUGAAGUUUACAUCACGAGAAAUGAGAACUACACGUGAUUACUAAUUACUGUUAACUAAUUUGCUGUCUGGACUUUUUACAAUGAGGGGGGAAAAGUCAUUAUAUGUCAGGAUGCCAGUCAGUGGCACAGACACAAGUUGGCCAGCUGGCCUAUUCAUUCAGCACCAGCCCAUCAAGUAGAGAAUUCAGAACCACGGACAGUGACCUGUCCUACUAUGACGUCGGGUCCCUUCAUUGGCUCUAUAUAUUUUUCUAGAAAUAACUAAGUGGCUCUUUUGUAGAAAUUUCCAGCCAGAGACUUGGUUCCUAUAUGAAGAGAAUAUUUUAUUUUUAUUCAGACUAAGAAGCUACAGAAAAUCAGCUCUGCAUAUGAUCUCAGAGAGAGAUGCAAUACCGCUUUUGUCAAAAUGACAGGUCGGGUCAAAGGUCACGUUCAAAAGUUCAGUGGGCGGAGCUUAUGUUGUGGUGGGUUGAGCUUGGUUGUGUAACUGACGCAAUAGCAUGUGGAUUUAAUUAUUUAUUUAAAUAUUUUUUUUUCUUCUUCCCCGGGGGUUGGUUGUGUAACUGAUGCAAUGGUAUUUGGAUUUAAUUAUUUAUUUAUUAUUUUAAAUGAUUGUGGCUUAGGGGGCAUGGGUUGGUUGUGUUAGUGAUGCAAUGGUAUUUGGAUUUAAUUAUUUAUUAUUUUAAAUGCUUAUUUUAAAUGUUUAUUAUUUUAAAAUGAUAUUGAGGAGAGUGCUUAUGAGUGUGUAUUAUUUUAAAAAUGAUAUUGAUGAGAGUGCUUAUGAGCGUGUGUUAUUUGAAUAAGUUAUUAUUAUUAUUAUUAUUUUGUGGGGCGCGGGCGGGAGUGAGCGGGGCUGGGUUACCUGAUGGAGCGCGAGCGUACGGUGUGCGGUAGCGUGGUAAGGUCCCCGGGCUUCGGAGAAUCAGCAAAGGACUUAUUCACAUACUGGUGCGGUAGCGCGGAAAGGUCCGCACGGCUUUGGAUAAUCCUCGGAGAGAGCGAUGCGGGAGAGCUGAGAGGCGUGCUGCUGCGCGAGUCUGAGAGAAACUGUGAGAGACUGUGGGAUAAAAUGCUAAAGUUGGAGCAAAGAAUGAGAGGAGGAGGUGCAGGGUCUAUCGUCCAAUAAAAACGCUCGGCGCUAGUUUUGACCGUGUGUUUUUUCCUCACGCAAGCGUUUGUAUCACAUCGGCGUAUGGCGCCAAUUUGUAAAGGUCAUAAGUCGAGACAUACAUCGAGUCUGUCAAUUUGUCCGCCAGUAAAUUCUGCAGGGCCGUGCCACCUGGCCAUCGAGGCGCCCCCCCUACCCGGCCACGCGGGCCAUACAUCGAGUCUGACACUUUGUCCUCCAGUAAAUUCUGUUUAAAGUUUUGUUUUCACAUACGUCCCAAAUUACAGAUAAUUUUCUUACACAGGCACGAGUAGCAUCAUCAAGGCCGUACCACCUGGUCAUACAUCAAGUCUGACAAUUUGGCCGCCAGUAAAUUCUGUUUAUAGUUUUGUUUGUCAUACAUGACCGUGCAGAUAUGGGGUGACAGAGACAAUUAAAUUGUAUUACGUCGAGCGGGGGGCCUUUUCCUCCUCCUAGAGGCACAACGCCUUACCAAAGUUUGUACUAGCCAAAGAACCACAAGUUUCAUCGAGACCUUACCCGGUAAGUAUAUUAUUUCUUUUAUUCCUGUUAUAAAAAUGCUAUUCAAUUAAAAAAUAACAUUCUAAUAAUAGGUAUUCUCUUUUUUUUUUUUUUUUUCUAUGUACGAGAGAGAGAGAGAGACUACGCCGACCGGUCAAGAGAAAAUCUGCGAGAGAAUCAACAGGUAUGGACGGAGCAACACGCCCAGCGGCUAUACCCGAAGCCUUAUUAAAUGAAAUAGCCAUUAUCAACAAUGCUAAUAAUGAAAAUGAUGCGGAUUACUCUGCUCAACACGACUCGCCACCAGCGGCGUCUGCUGAAACACUGGCCCAGGACCCCUGUUUUCUCCCAUCCUUAGAGACAUUAACAAGCAUGUUAAAUGAAAGGGGUUCUGAAGCAGAAGCGGGGCUACCCCCCACCGACGAGGUCGCAUGGUCCCCCGCGGAUUCUGAAUUGUGGGAGGCCUUGUCAGACGUGGAAUUUCUUCUCGAUGCUGAGGAGAUUGAAAAUGAAUUUGGGCUGGGACAAUUUGAAAAUGUUCAACAGGAAGGUGGCGGUGGUGUCGGUGACGUGGAUCCCCAGCCUGACGGGGUCCUUCAUCGCCGCAGAUUCAAUAACGUACAGAUUAGGCGGAUUCUAAAUAUCCCGCGACCUAGAAACGAAGGCAAUUUCCGCGAGUACUAUGAAAAUGUAAUCGAGGGGUUUCAAAAUAUUGUGAAUGAGGCGAUUCCUUACGCCGUAUGGGGAGCCUAUAUACAGGUCACCCUGCGCGCUGACUUUUUAAACGACGAGCUGUCGCAAAUUGUACGGUAUGGGGUGGGGGAGCUGACAGACUUACAGCAGCUGCUGGAUCGCCUGGUACAGUCUAAUCAAGAGAUUUUAAACGAUUCCAACCUAGAAGUAAUCGUAGACGUAAUAAAUAUCCCACGCGGCGGUGCGAACAAACGUAAACUACAGACCAUGUUAGCUUCAGAAAUAAUUUCUAAAAAAGCCAGACACAUGUUUAUCAUUAAUAACAACACCAACGCGUGUUUCGCCAUAAACUUGGCGCACCUGCUGGACGAAAACUUUACUGUUGCCGAGGCUGAAAAGCUCGGCCUGGAGUUACAGGAGAAAGCGGGAUUCACCCCCGAUCACGCAGUCGCUUUGAAUGACAUUAUCAAUUUCGAGAAAAUCAUUGAUUGCAAAGCAGUGGUGUAUUAUCAACAACCUUAUUCAAACAAUCUCCAAAUUUACCAGACACCCACGCCUAGCGACGGUAGACGGGCGGUGUAUUUCUUUUUACACAAUCAGCAUUUUUACGGAAUUAAAAGCGUAAAGGGCUUCUUAGGCGUGGGGUACGUUUGCCCGAGCUGUUUCAAAGGGUACGAUUCGCCUCACUCUCAUCAAUGCGAAAAAUUUUGUAGCGUCUGUCAGACUAAUUGCAGAGAAGGUGAAAGCACACCGGCGAUACUAUGUGAGCGUUGUAAUUUCAGAUGUUUAAAUGACACCUGCUUUGAGCGCCACCGUACGCCUAGGGUCUGCCCAGUUAGGGGGGAGCUCGCUACCCCCUGUGACAAGUUCAGAAAAUGCAAAGCCUGCGGGCUCAGAUACUACCUCACUCCCGAGAACCCAAAACCGCACUCGUGUAAAGCGGAAAAAUGUAAUAUCUGCGACGCUAAACUCCACACGGCCGUGUCAGACAUAUCCACCCCACAUCUCUGCUAUCUAAAUCCACCCGAGAAGCCUAACAUAGGGGAACGGGCCGAAAGGGGUGAGGGGCGUAAAAAGGCCACCGAAUAUGUGUUUUUUGACUUUGAAACAUCUCAGAGGUCGGGUACCCAUAUCCCGGUGUACGUGUGCGCCAUCUCCGAUCAGAACGAGACAAUGAUCGCCGAGGGGCCCAACUGCGCGCUACAGUUUCUCAGACAUUUCAGGGCGCCCUGUUAUAGAGGCGUCUGUUUCAUUAGUAACUACGGUAAGGCAUUCGAUAAUUACAUCAUACUGAACGCGAUGGUGAAGGAAGGCGUGGAACCGCGUGUGGUAUCGCAGGGGAAUAAAAUCAUUCUCAUCCUGGACAGCCUGUUUGAGCAGAGGUACAUCGACAGUCACUCCUUUCUAAGCAUGCCGUUGAGAAAAAUCCCCGAUGCGAUGGGAUGCUCGACUCAGAUGCGAAAAGGCUAUUUUCCGCAUCAUUUCACAGACGUGGAAAACUUUAGUUACGUGGGACCCUACCCCCCUCCCGAUCAAUUUGGGCCCGAUCAAAUGUCCACCAAAGAACGCGACAAGUUUUAUCAAUGGUACGACGCUGUAAAGCACCAGACCUUUAAUUUUCACAAAGAGAUGAUCGCUUACUGUAAGAACGAUGUGGAGAUUCUGAGAGAGGGCUGCUUGCGCUUCCUGCGGGAGUUUAAAACGCUCACGGGGUGCGAUCCCUUCUCCGCGGCCACCAUCGCUUCGGCCGCGUUGCUAGUUUACAGGACAAAUUUCCUGCCCAGAGAUACGAUCGCGAUCCCGGAUGUAUGGGAUUACAGGAGGCAAUACAAAAGUUAUUCGAGCGUGUCCAUCCAGUGGCUGGAAUUCAUCGGGCGCGCGCGCGGCAUCGAAAUUCGACACGCGCUGCGCGGGGGUGAAGUGAGUGUGGGACGCUUUCACUUAGACGGAUACGCCGAGAUUGAGGGGGAGAAAUGGGCUUUCGAGUUUCUAGGCUGUCAGUUUCACGGCUGUCCUACCUGCAACAACGAACACGAUAUCUGCCCCCUGACCCGCGAGAGCUUCGGUGCCCUGUACGUUAAAACAAGGGAAAAACUCGAGUCGUUGCGCCAAGAGUUUAAUAUGAACGUGGAAUCCAUCUGGGAACACGAAUGGGCUCACGCUAAAACUCACGACCCACAGGUACAGCGUUUCCUGUCAGACUUUGAGCCCCCUGAGCCCCUAAGGCCGCGAGAAGCGCUGUUUGGGGGUCGGACGUCGGCCAUUCGCCUGCGUUACGACGUCACGGGGCAAGAGCGCGUCCGCUACGUGGAUUUCACGUCGCUGUACCCGUACACUCUGGCUAAAUGUGAAUUCCCCGUGGGGCACCCGGAAAUCAUUCAUUCGAAUUUUAAGCCUCUGAAUGAAUACUUUGGCCUGAUCAAAGCCACGGUCAACACCCCGCGCGAGCUGUUUUUCCCCGUCCUACCCAGCAGACUGCCAAAUGGGAAUUUACACUGUGCAGGACGUGCGCGAUCGAGAACAGACAGGAGGGGGCGUGCGGGCAUUCCGACGCAGAGCGGGCAUUGACAGGCGCGUGGGUAUCUGCGGAGCUCAAUCUGGCUUUAGACAGGGGGUACUCGCUCGUUAAAAUUCACGAAGUGUGGCAUUUUCCCCAGACCAGCGGCGACCUGUUUAGAGAUUACAUUAAAACCUUUCUCAAAGUGAAGCAGCAGGCUUCGGGCUACCCCGACGACGCGACCGAUGACGUGGGUCGCAGGGAGUACAUAAAAAACUAUCUCGAGCGUGAGGGGAUCGAAUUGGAGCCCGAUCAGAUAGUGUCUAAUGAAGGGAAGCGGCAAGUGUCCAAACUUCUGCUUAACUCUCUGUGGGGUAAACUGGCGCAGAGGAGCAACAUGCUCCAGACAUGUAUAGUGUCUGACCCGGGGGAAUUUUUUUAUUUUUUCUGCUCGGACCUGUACGAGAUUUCCAGCUUCGCGUUUGUCAACGACGAGAUCGCCCUCAUCCGCUGGCGUUUCAAGUCUUCCUACAAAGUGCCGCCGGGAAAGACUAACAUAUUCAUAGCGUGUCAAACUACCGCGUGGGGUCGGUUGACGCUUUACAAAGAACUGGAAAGAUUGGGGCGGAGGGUGCUGUAUCACGACACCGACAGCAUCGUGUACAUAAGCAGGCCUGGUGAAUAUGACCCGACCUUAGGCAAUUACCUGGGCGAGCUGACGUCCGAAUUAGCCCCCGACGAAUACAUUGCUUCGUGGGGUGCGCUGGGACCAAAAAGUUACUGUUACCGACUCAACAACGGGAAAACACAAAUGAAAUGUAAGGGUAUAACUCUAAAUUACGAAACCUGUCAAAAGGUAAACUUUGACAGUAUGAUCGGAUUGAUUGAAAACUACAUCGGAGGUUGUAGGAAUAACCCCGCUAUAAUGACGCAGUACAACAAAAUCGAACGCGACAUGAAAAGCUUUCGCCUGUUUAAUAGGCCUCUAGAUAAAAAGGUCAGGGUCGUCUACGACAAACGCAGAUUGCUGGCUAGCGGGGAAACUCUGCCUUUUGGUUACUGAAAUGUAAAACUAGCAGCAUCGCAAAAGGGCUUUUAAAGUUUUUUCUAAAAAUCAAAGAUGUUCAUUUGUUUUAAAAUGAAAAGUUUUUUUCAAAGAUGUUUUUUAAAAUCAAAGUAAGAUGUACAAAUGUUUUAAACUGAGAAAUGUUCCUAGUAAGAUGUUUUUAAAAAUGAAAAGUUUUUUACAAAGAUGUUUUCUAAAAAUCAAAGAUGUUCAUUUGUUUUAAAAUGAUCAUAGUAUGAUGUUUUUAAAAUGUUCAUAGUAAGAUGUUUUUAAAAAUGAAAGAUGUUUUAAGAUGUUUUUAAAAUGUUCCUAGUAAGAUGUUUUUUAUUUUCAAACUUGUGUACUGAAAUGUUUUGUACAUUUAUCACAAGAGUUUUUAUUAAAAACUUACCCAUGCA